UCUUUUUGUCAGCGCAAUUGAUCUAUAAAUAAAUUAAAAUAAUUUUAAUUAGAUAUUUUGGAUAUUUGCUAAGUUUUGCAGACAUUUACUACAAUUUUUCGUACUAAGCUCCAUAAAAUAUUUGAGUAUAUCGCCAAAAGCUUAGUCAACUAAUAACGUCCGUGAUUAUCUGCCAAACUUUUCUUUCAUUUUCGGAAAUGGUUAGUCCUACGAAAGCGAAGCAAUCUCCUUCCCCGUCGAAAAGGCGCCUGGAUGCGCAGAUGAAAACAUUGGAUAUGGAAUGUUCCCCCGAGAAACGGAAUAAAGAAAAUGAGGAGUUUAGGAACUUUGAUGAAGUGCAGUUUUUGGACUUGGUAAAGAGGAUUAUUAAAUAUGGUGAUGAGCGGAUUGAUCGUACCAUGGUGGGUACUCGAUCCAUUUUUGGCGCUCAAAUGCGUUUCGACUUACGGGACUCGUUCCCCCUGCUGACUACCAAGCGCGUCUUCUUCCGGGGAGUUGCCGAGGAGCUGUUGUGGUUUAUUGCUGGGAAGACAGAUGCGAAAAUCCUGCAGGAGAAGAAUGUACAUAUAUGGGAUGGUAAUAGCACACGCGAGUUUCUCGACAAAUGCGGCUACACGGAUCGUGAAGUUGGAGAUCUGGGUCCAGUUUAUGGCUUCCAGUGGCGUCACUUUGGAGCUAAAUAUCGGACGUGCCAUGACGACUACACCGGCCAGGGAAUUGAUCAGUUGAAACAGGUUAUCGAUACCAUACGUACCAAUCCGGCGGACCGUCGCAUCAUAAUGUCCGCCUGGAAUCCCAUGGAUCUAUCCCUGAUGGUACUGCCGCCAUGCCACUGUCUGGCCCAGUUCUAUGUGUCGCAGUCGCGUGGCGAAUUGUCCUGCCAACUAUAUCAGCGCAGCGCCGACAUGGGUCUGGGCGUACCCUUCAACAUUGCCUCCUAUGCCUUGCUGACCUACAUGAUAGCCCAUGUGACGGGCUUAAAGCCUGGCGAUUUUGUCCAUACGCUGGGCGACGCUCACGUAUAUAACAAUCAUGUGAGUCCCCUGCUGGAGCAGGUGAAACGAGAACCGCGUCCCUUUCCCAAACUUGUUAUCAAGCGUGAAACUUCGAACAUUGAGGAUCUUCGCUACGAGGAUUUCGAACUUCUUGGCUACAAUCCGCAUGGCAAGAUUCAAAUGGAAAUGGCCGUAUAAUUUAUUUUUUAAUCCAAUAACAAUGUAUAUACCAUGUAAACGUAAUAAAAUAAUUGGUAAUCUCAUAUUAACUCUUGUAAUACUCGUUCACGAAGUGAAAAUGGUAUUCGGCUUUUUAAAGCCGUAGACUUGAAAAUCGGAAUACAUAUCUUAAAAACUGUUGAAUAUGCCUAUCGGGGGCGUCGCAAAUUAAAAAACAUACUAUAUACCAAAUAUUUUCAGACAGACUAAUUAUGCAGGUGAAUCACUAUUUUUUUCACAGCUAACCCUAUGAUCAAUCA